GACACCACAGCUGCUGCAUUACAUGUCUGGAUGCCUUCAUGAAUAUCCACAGAAUCGGUUCCUACUUUUGUCGUUUCAAUGAAGAAACCUGAGAAAAAUACCGCCGCUGACUGAGGCGUAGCUCGGACGGAGGCUGCGGAGGAUCUAGAAAGUCCAGUUCUGGUGAUGUUUCCUUUCAGUUCAGUGAGCCAGCAGCUGUCCUGAAGAAGAAACAGGAUCCGCAUCUGUCCACACAGCCGCAGGUGUUAAACACAGAAUUAUCCAGCCCUCCUGCCCCGCUCAUGGCAAAGAUGAGCUGGGCUGCCGGUACGCAGUGUGUAGCCAAGGGGGACCACAGGAAACCAAAACCAGGAGAACUGGCUUACCACAAAGGAGACAUCCUCACCAUUAUCGACACGAGCACGAAGAAGGGACAUUACAAGGCCAAACACAACACCACAGGAGAGGAGGGACUCAUAAACUCCACCAAUGUGCGUGAAAGAGAGGCUCUACGUGUGGACCCCAGCCUCAGCCUCAUGCCUUGGUUUCAUGGGAAGAUCUCUGGUCCAGAGGCGGUGAGCAAGCUGCAGCCGGCAGAGGAUGGUCUGUACCUCGUUCGAGAGUCCAUCCGCCAUCCCGGAGACUACGUCCUGUGUGUCAGCGUCUCUGGAGAGGUCAUCCACUACCGCGUGAUUUAUCAGGACAACAAGCUGACCAUUGAUAACGUGCAGUACUUCUACAACCUCAUUGACAUGAUAGAGUUUUACUCAAAGAACAAAGGCUCCAUUGCUACAACUCUUCUGAAGCCCAAACAAAAACACGGAACCAAGUCAGCAGAGUUGGAGCUGUCUAAAACUGGAUGGCUGCUGGACAUUACAAAGCUCAAACUGGGGGAGAGUAUCGGAGAAGGGGAGUUUGGUGCUGUGUAUGAAGGAGAGUAUAUGGGCCAGAGGGUGGCAGUAAAGACCAUUAAAUGUGAUGUCACGGCUCAGGCCUUCAUGCAGGAGACCACAGUUAUGACGAAACUCCAGCAUAAAAACCUGGUGCGAUUGUUGGGGGUCAUUCUUCACAAAGGGCUUCAUAUUGUCACAGAGCUCAUGACGAAGGGAAACCUCGUUAACUUUCUCAGGACAAGAGGACGUUCGGUCGUAAACACAGUUCAGCUGCUCCACUUCGCUCUCGAUGUGUGUGAGGGGAUGGAGUACCUGGAGUCCAAGAAGUUGGUUCACAGAGAUUUGGCAGCUCGUAACGUGCUGGUCUCUGACGACAGCGUGGCCAAGGUCAGCGACUUUGGUCUGACCAAGGUGGACUCGAAGGUGUCAGAUAACGUCAAACUGCCGGUCAAAUGGACGGCCCCCGAAGCUCUGAAGAAAGAGAAAUUCUCCACAAAGUCAGAUGUUUGGAGCUACGGUGUUCUUCUUUGGGAGAUCUUCUCUUACGGUCGCCAACCUUACCCUAAGAUGUCUCUGAAGGAGGUGAAGGAGAGAGUGGAGGGGGGCUAUCGCAUGGAGGCUCCAGAGGACUGCCCCCCUGGUGUUUACUCCAUGAUGAAGAUUUGCUGGGAGCAGGAGCCACGCAGAAGGCCCGCUUUCCACAAACUGAGAGAGAAACUUGAACGAGAGAUGGGUAAAUGCAGCCCGAGCCCUGGGUCGGAGCGUCGAGAUGGGAUCAGGUCUGCAUCUGGAUGCUGAUCCAGGUUGUGGAUCCUGAACUCCAGCAGCACAUCGUGAACCCCUCCUGUGGAGUGAACAGUUCUAGCUGGAUUCCUUUUAAUGGUUGAGACAAUAAAAUCAUCAUGUAAUGACAAUGAGAAAUUGUUUAUAAUGAAGCCAUGAGUAGACUAAACUUUGCUUUAGUGGAUCUGAGAAAGGACAAAAUGGGUGAAUCAGACCGUGGUUUGAUCAUUUUCAGUCACAGACUCAUUGCAGUGUGGCUAUAUGACGACGUCAGACUGUCUGUCCGUCCUCCACCUCAAUCCAGACUGAGAUAUCUCAACAACUACUGGAUGGAUUGCCGUGAAACUUUGUCCCGACAGUCCUGAUGCCUUUUUACAUUGACAUUUUGGCAGUAGUGUUCUGUGAGCGGAUGGAGAAAGGAAUAAGGAAUACUUCACUCAAAAAGCAUAGUUAUGCAGUUGUCUCACCCGUCUGUGGGCCAGUAUUGAUUGCAAAAUCUGCACCUGAUGUUAAUUUCAUAAUGAUCAUUAUUCCCCGAAGUAAAGCAGCACAAGUUAGAGUAGUCUCACACGUCACUGUUUAUAACACAGGGUGUUUAUCCUUUGCUGGAUGAAACGUUGGGGCAUAAAUUAAGAGUAGACCCACUUCUUCAGGCACCACUACACCACUAAGAAGGAGUAGAUCAGAAGUUAAUAAAUAAACUUCUGCACACUGAGUAACCUGCAAUAUAACAUUUAAUUGUGAUGUUUUUGUAGACCUUCAUCAGGAGAAAGAAUGAACGUCACUUCAUUCCGUGGUAUCUGUAUGAUCAGAAAUCUACUGUUUCACAUGAAGAGUGAAUACAGAUAUUUAAUGUCAGGGAGAGAUGUCAUUCAAAGAUUAAACAUAUGUACAGGAAUGAGAUGGGAAGGACAGAGAUGGAGGAGAGGAAAAAUGUUUAUCCUGGAUUUAAUCACAGAUAGCCAAAUCUGCUUGUAUCCUGGCAUUAAUGCUCAGAAAUAUGCCAUGGACUCAGGGCUUAACAUGGCAAAUCUGUAAUGUUAUUGCUGGUGUACAAUAAGUAAAUAAUUUUAUGUAAAUACUUAGCAGCAUUUUGCUUGUGUGCAGAGAAGAUUGGGAUGGUUUGUCAUUCUCUGCAGGUACACUGCAGGCCUUUGGUUAAUUCUCAUAAAGCACAGUUGUUUUUAUGAAGGCCAGAAGUCAAAGAUGAACUUCGGUAUGCAUAUUAUUUUUUCAGAUUUCUUUUUAGAAACCAAACCUCGUACUAUUUUUGACUCACACUCCACCACUUAGCGUACUCGGGGCGAACUUUGAUUCAAUUCAUUCAAAUUUAAUUUGUUUCUUAAGACUGAAUCUGUGGGAAAUAUGGUAUUUAUUCCUACUUUCUCUUCCCUCUUUUAUUGGGAUUUUGAGAUUAUUGGAGUGACUUUGUGUUAUCCACCAUCCUCUUGGGGUUUUUUUUCCAAGUCCAAAAUGUUUUCUGCUUUCCUGCAGAUGAUUUUAUUUUGUUGUUUUUACAUAUAUAGUAUGUAUUCUAUUUAUUAAAGUACAUGUAUUACUCAUUUCA